UUUCACUUUAACAAACAAAGAGGCUCGCAUAAUGUCUUGCAGAAGUUCAUCGUAUCAAUCAAACUUAUCCUCAAAUUCUUCAUCGUAUCAAUCAGACUUAACCUCAAAUUCUUCAUAUAAAGAAUAUAGGCAUAAGAAACGUUCAUAUAGAAAUCGAGAUAGAUCGUCUAGCAGAGACAGCUAUGAAUUAGAAAAUCGUUGUAAUCGCGCCAAAUGUUAUGAAAUUCGCAGCAGCAGAAGAAUAGAGCAGGAAAAUAACCGAGAACAGAAAAGAGAUAGUGAAAAGUACCAGCAUAAAUCGAAAGGUAGUAACGAUCGCAGUGACUAUCGUAGAAAUAAUGACAAUAAUCUUAUGAAUGAGAAAAGGAAACGUAGUCAAAGUCGUGCUCCAUUACGAGAACAGAAUACAGAACAAUAUUCAUCCAAAAAUGUAAAGAAACACAAACGUUAUAACCGAGAUAAUGAUGAUGAAAGUUAUGAAUGGGGCAAGAAAUUGAAUAAUAAUAAUAAUACUGAUGAAUCGUCUACUAAACCAAUUGAAAAAGAAAAGCCCAAUUUUGGACUAAGCGGAGCUCUCACUGAAGAUGCAAAUAAAGUAAAUGGUACUGUUGUGAAAUAUGCUGAACCACCAGAAGCACGAAAACCAAAACGAAUGUGGCGUCUAUAUCCUUUUAAAGGUGAAAAAGCACUUCCAAUAUUGCAUAUACAUCGGCAAAGUUGCUUCCUUGUUGGUCGUGAUCGAAAUGUAGGCGAUUUAAUUCUGGAUCAUCCAAGUUGUUCAAAGCAACAUGCUGCUUUGCAGUACAGACUUGUACAAUAUGAACGUGAAGAUGGUACAAAAGGAAAACGUGUACGACCUUAUCUCAUUGAUUUGGAAUCUGCAAAUGGGACAUUUCUAAACAAUAAAAAAAUUGAAUCACGUAAAUACUAUGAGUUAAUGGAGAAAGAUGUAAUUAAAUUUGGAUUUAGUACUCGUGAAUAUGUUCUUCUUCAUGAAAACAGUAAAGAUCAAGAAGAGGAUGAUGACAUUAAACAAAAAUCAGAUAAUUAA